AUACAAACAUAAUUACAACAUAUAUAAUGUAACUAUAUAUUUAACAGCAGCAAUAUUUAGUACUGUGAAAUACCUUUUUAUUUAUUAUUUAUCAUUACAAGCGUUAGGCGUUCAGUUCAAGCAAGGUCGUACGUAGGGCAAUGCUACUUGUAAAUACAACAAUCGAUAACCUUUAAAAGACAAGAAAAUAAGGUCACUUACUGUUUUUUCCCACUCAUCACUUACUUGCAACAUACUGUUGAUAAUUUUUUUUUAGAGGGUUUCCCGUUCUUCUGUAAUGUCUCAGAUAGCGCUACCGUAUUUCGCCAAGGGUGAAGUUGUAAAGGGUUUUGGAAGAGGAUCAAGAGAAUUAGGAUGUCCUACUGCCAAUUAUCCAGAAGAUGUAGUAAAAAAGUUGCCAAAUGAAAUAGAAUGUGGAGUUUACUUUGGAGUUGCUUCUGUUGAUAAAGGUGAAGUCCAUGAUAUGGUAUUGAGCAUUGGUUAUAAUCCAUUUUAUAAUGGUACAGUGAGGACAAUGGAAACACAUGUUUUACAUACUUUUGAGAAUGAUUUUUAUGGUAAAGAGUUGCGGGUUGUUUUGUUGGGCUUUAUUAGACCCCAAAUCAAAUUUAAUUCAUUAGAAGAAUUCAAACAAAAGCUUCGCGAAGACAUAGCUUAUGCUAGUAACGAAUUGCAAAAACCAGAGUAUGUAAAAUACAAAAAUGACAGUUUUUUUACAGAUUAAUCCCUACAUUUAGUUAAAAUAUUUUGUCGUACAGUACCUAUUUCGUUCUGUAUUUACAAUUCUGAAAGUCACAUUAAUUAUUUAAAUAAAAAAUUAAAAUAAGUGAACUUUU